CCUGCCGGCGCCUGCGCGGUAGCGGAGGGGGACGCGGAGCGGAGCCCGGCACUCGGCAACGCUCGGCGGUAUCCGUGCAGGCCAGGCCGCCAUUUUCUCUCAGCGUCCCCGUGCGCGGCUCCUGUCCCGCUGCCCGCGCUCUGUCCUGCUCGGCGAUGGACGGCAUUGUCACUGAUGUUGCAGUUGGUGUGAAGAGAGGAUCUGACGAACUUCUUUCAGGCAGUGUACUCAGUAGCCCGAACUCUAACAUGAGCAGCAUGGUAGUUACUGCCAAUGGUAAUGACAACAAGAAAUUCAAAGGUGAUGAUAAAAUGGAUGGGGCUCCUUCUCGUGUUCUUCAUAUCAGGAAAUUGCCUGGGGAAGUGACAGAAACAGAAGUUAUUGCUUUAGGUUUACCUUUUGGUAAAGUAACCAACAUCCUGAUGCUGAAAGGGAAAAACCAGGCAUUUUUGGAACUUGCCACAGAAGAAGCAGCUAUCACUAUGGUUAAUUACUACUCUGCUGUGACACCUCAUCUUCGUAACCAACCCAUUUAUAUCCAGUAUUCCAAUCAUAAAGAACUAAAGACUGAUAACACACUUAACCAGCGGGCCCAAGCUGUUCUUCAGGCAGUGACGGCUGUGCAGGCAUCAAACGCUCCCAUCAGUGGGACCACUGUUAGUGAGAGUGCAGUGACUCCAGCUCAGAGUCCAGUACUUAGAAUAAUUAUUGACAACAUGUACUAUCCAGUAACCCUGGAUGUUCUUCAUCAGAUAUUCUCUAAAUUUGGUGCUGUAUUGAAGAUAAUCACAUUCACAAAGAAUAACCAGUUUCAAGCUUUACUGCAGUUUGGUGAUCCAGUAAACGCACAGCAAGCAAAACAAGCCUUAGAUGGUCAAAAUAUUUAUAAUGCUUGCUGUACCCUACGAAUUGAUUUUUCCAAAUUGGUGAACUUGAAUGUCAAGUACAACAACGAUAAAAGCAGAGACUACACUCGUCCUGACCUUCCAUCUGGUGAUGGACAGCCAACGCUGGACCCAGCUAUUGCUGCAGCAUUUGCAAAGGAGACCUCUCUUCUAGGGCUUCCUGUUGCAGCUGUUCCAGGAGCUCUGAGUCCUUUGGCUAUUCCAAAUGCUGCUGCUGCAGCUGCAGCUGCUGCUGCUGGCCGUGUGGGAAUGCCUGGGGUUUCAGCUGGUGGCAAUACAGUCCUCCUGGUUAGCAAUUUAAAUGAAGAGAUGGUUACGCCCCAAAGUCUGUUUACCCUCUUCGGUGUUUAUGGUGAUGUGCAGCGUGUGAAGAUUUUAUACAAUAAGAAAGAUAGUGCCCUUAUACAGAUGGCCGAUGGAAACCAGUCACAGCUGGCCAUGAGCCAUCUUAAUGGACAAAAAAUGUAUGGAAAGAUUAUUCGGGUCACCCUUUCUAAACAUCAGACAGUACAACUACCUCGAGAGGGACUUGAUGACCAAGGGCUGACUAAAGAUUUUGGUAAUUCACCUUUGCAUCGCUUCAAGAAACCUGGUUCAAAAAACUUUCAAAAUAUAUUCCCUCCUUCUGCAACACUUCACCUGUCCAAUAUUCCACCAUCGGUAGCAGAAGAGGAUCUACGCACAUUGUUUGCUAACACUGGAGGCACUGUGAAAGCAUUUAAAUUUUUUCAAGAUCACAAGAUGGCACUUCUUCAGAUGUCAACAGUAGAAGAAGCUAUUCAGGCUUUGAUUGAUCUCCACAAUUACAAUCUGGGAGAAAGUCACCAUCUGAGAGUUUCUUUCUCUAAGUCAACUAUUUAAAAAGGCAGAUAGAGAAGGAAGGUGUAUUGCAUUGUUUGGUGUUGUCACCUUUUGACUGUUCAGGAAAGUGGGGACCAGAGUUUGUCUUCUGUUUUUUUUAAUUUUUUUCAUGCUGUUAUCAUUCCUCAAUUGUUUAAAAAAAAAAUUUAAAAAGGCAGUGAUAUUAACUGCUAUUCAACUGUUCAACUGUUGUUUAGAUAAACCAUUGUUUUGUUUAAAAGAUUUCAAGUUAAUACCACAUUUUUUCAACUUAGUUGACGUACGUGCCUUAAAAAGGAAAAUUAGUACUGCUGGAAUUGCAUAACUAGUAAAAAGCAAAUUUGGUUGUCUGGGGCACAUUGUUACAUGAUAAUUUAAAUAUGUUUAGGCAGGGGUGUGUCAAAAGGUUAAGUUUUUGUUUUCUCCUGCUUGAUAGAUUUCUUUAUCUGCUGGCUUGUCACUUAUUUUUCUUUUUAAUUGGAUAAGAUGCAUUAUGCUGAAAGAGUAAAAUGAUUUUAUUUGAUUUUUGCUACUUUUUGCUUUGUGUUCUUUUUUUAAAAAAGGCCUUUUGUAUUUAAUUGUUCUGGUCUAGAUUCAGUUAUGAAUGUAGGCAUUAGUUAAAAUUAACAAGGUACAGAAUAUUAAUUUCUUAAAGGACAAAAAGUGACUUCUGUGACUUUGAGCCCUACGUGAAAAGCAUUGUGGAAUCUUAACCUUUUUGUACACACUCUUGUGGGAUGUAUCAUAUAAAUGUCGGCACUAAGUAAUGUCUUGUUUGUGGCUGAAUAUUUUUCGUAGAUGUUUUUGAAGUUGACAUGACUUACGUGCAUUUCAAUAUAUAUUGCCAUCUUUAGUUUGUAAUUAAGAUAUGGAAUAUGGUUGUGGAUUUCUGAGCAUGUACAGACUGGUCAAGCUAGUUCAGGAAAUGGUGCAUGUAUUUUUCAAUGAUGAAGAAAGUUUGCUGCAAAUGCUUGCAGGCAAUUUUGUGGCAGUUUUCUAAAACUGACAACCAGGUGGGACCAAAGUUUAUGUGCCUUUAGUCUUAAUUUACCUUGCAUUGUAAUAUUCAGUUUUAAUAAAUCUCUUCAAAAUAUUUUGUAUUUAGAAAUUGAUCUGACUUUACUAUAAACAUGGCUCAGAAUCUGCAGAUCCAGUUAAUUUGAAAGCAGUUCACUGACAGUCUGAACUGUUACCUUGAUUCUGUUUAAAUGACCAAUACUUUUUGAAAUUGAUGUACUUAGUUUCAAGAUUCAUAGAUUCUGUUAUCUAUGUAGAAAAAAAAAAAAGUCAUGUAUAUUUUCUAUUAGUUGAGUUUUUACAUCUUUAGAAUUGUAAAAUUCAGUAUAGUUUGGAAGUGGCACAAUUAAAAAUUAAUUUUCUAACAA